AUGGAAUCUAUCUAUUCCAAACAAGGAAGAAAAGACCUUUGGUCUCUCUUUCCCUCCUCAAAGAACAACGAACUCAGAACUCCUAGCUACUUUCCUUCGGGUUAUGAGCUAAUAAAUCAAAAGACGCCUCAGAUUCCAAGAUUGAUUAGUAGGACUCCAAAACAGCUAGAUAGAAGAGCGGGGUUUCCAUUCAUCUCUCCUAAAGAAGGAAGAAGAGCUAAGACAAAAGAACACCUUUCGGAUUCAAUUCCCAGAUCUUACUUGGAAAGACAGCCUUACUUCCGCUUUUUAGCUCAUCCGAAAGAGGGACACCAAAGCUGCUAUUUCUAUAUAGUUACAGGUGGCUUAUUGAAAAUAGGACCUUUUAAGACACGGUUCGAUCCUUCGAUAGACGAUCUAUCGCAAGGGGUUGAAAACGACAUACAUAUAAGGCUCGAGAGUACCAUCCAUCUUUAG